AUGCACAAGCUACGGGUGACCUUCUGGUCAGUUUACUACUACGAGCGGAUCUGUGCCUUCUUUACUGGUCGCCCGUCGGGCUUUCUGGAUACCCAUAUCGAUGUGUCCCUGCCAGAAGACAUUUCCAUCAGCGGCUGUAGUACGCUUCUCGAAGCAUCCUUAGGUGUCUCAGCCGGUCCGACGACCGAAUGCGCAUUCCUGAGGGCGAUGGUAGGGAUCGGACAGCUGGUUGAGAAGGUAUCCAGCGGUAUCUUUUCCCUAGCCAAUCUCCAGGGGCUUUACGAUCACCGAAAGGUGGACACUGUUAUCCUGGAGUGUGAUGCCUCCCUACAGGAGAUCCAGCGGAUUCUACCCCCGUACUUGCACUUUUUCGCCCAUGAUCGCCCCCGGAGCGAGACGUGGAGGGAAAUCCAAUGCGCACACUUGGGUCUCGCAUUUCAUCUGAUCAAAAUGAUGAUCCGUAGACCGGCCCUGGUGUACUCCACGGUUUCUCAGACGCAGAAUCAGAGCCCCGCGGAUUCCCAGAAAUUGGAGAACCUGCAGCCCUCGAUCGACCUAUCGAUACAAUCCGCGAAAGAGAUUAUUGACAUUGCACACAGCGCUAUCAUGGAGAGGGCGACGUGUAUUCGCAACGAUGCAUCUGUGGCAAAUUAUAUCAUGUCGGCGUGUGUGACGCUUCUCUACCAUGUCCUAGAUCCGAUCACCAUCGAGCACGCGAGGAAUAUUUUCACUUCCGUGGAACGCGGGAUUCAAUGUCUUGAUCAGAUGGAGCAUCACGGGCCUAUUGCUGGGAAGGCACUGAGCAUGGAGAUCAUGAAAUGUGCCAAAGACGCGCUUUUCCUUUCCGCAAUCGAGAACAGCCAGGAGGAAGAUUUGGCCGGUGAUUUCCCCUGGUUGAAUGAUAUUUAUCUCCCCGCAAAGGCAGGAGAGAUCCUGGAUCCGAUAGACGAACCGAUCCCUCAUGGUUAUGUCCCCGAGAUUACUGAGCCACCAGAGCAGCCGCUACCCGACGGCGAUGACAUUCUCUCGGCUCACAUCUCGGGCAUUGAUUACAUGUCCUAUUGGUUGAAUGGGAAUCCGACCGUUCCAGGCAUGUCCAAUUAUCUGCGCUCGGAACCAAGUCCGGGUUUCUUUGGGGAUUCCGGAUGUGGACCAAUCGGACCGCAGCUUUGCAUCCGAACGAGCUCGGAACCAACUGAGACUCUUUCUGGCCAGCACAACUGGCAGCUUGUGGAGAAAGCAGGUACCGCGAGCGAGACCCUGACGCAAUCUCCGAUCUAUCGUAGGGAUGGCCGUGCUCUGGGGGUUGUUUUCGAGGACAUCAACGUCCUUGGAGUCGCCGCCGGGGUCGAUCGCAUCACGACCCUCCCGGCUAUUAUCAGCACAAUCCUGCAAUGGCCAGUCAAAGCCAUUCGUCAAGUCACCGGCAAGCAGACCACACCAACCACCAAGAUCCUCCACAAUGUUAGCGGUGUUAUAUUUCCAGGAGAGUCUAUGUUGGUUCUUGGGCGACCGGGAGCCGGCUGCACAACCCUCUUGAAGACGCUCGCCAACAGCCAUGGGUCAUUCCUCGAAGUACAAGGACAACUGGGCUAUGCUGGUCUCUCGAGUGGGGAAAUGGCAGGACAGUAUCGAUCGGAGACGGUCUACUCUAGCGAGGAAGACUUCCAUUUCCCCACCCUAUCUGUUCAGAACACCAUGGGUUUCGCCCUUCAGCUGCGCAAGCCUGCCAACGAGGCCCGAACUGACUCAGAGUUCGCUCGGGAAAUGACUAAGGCAUCGCUCAAGUCUGUCGGACUGUCACAUACGGCCAAAACAAUUGUCGGAGAUUCGUUUGUUCGCGGUGUGUCGGGAGGAGAGCGCAAGCGCGUGACCUUGAUCGAAGCGCUGUCCGUGAAUCCGAUGAUGGCGUCGUGGGAUAACCCUACUCGUGGCCUUGAUAGCUCCUCUGCCACAGAAUUUGUACAGCUGAUCUCCUCACUGGCCAAGGAGAUGGGAAUGAGUAACGCAGUGACCAUGUAUCAAGUAUCCGAGACCAUCUAUGGCUGUUUUGACAGGGUCACAGUGCUCUACAGUGGGCGGAUGAUUUUCUGCGGCAAGGCUGCCCAGGCAAGAGAGUAUUUCCUUCGACUGGGCUUCGAGUGUCGCGAUCGCCAGACAACCCCUGACUUCUUAACCGCGGUCACUUCCCCAGCUGAGCGUCUCAUCCGUAAGGAUGCCGUUGGAGCUGUUCCUACUGACCCUGAUGGUCUGACACAAGCGUUUCGAGAGAGCGAAGAGAACCGACUGCUUCAGGAGGAUAUACAAAGAUAUCGAACCGAAGUGGGUACUGAUGCCCAGCUGAUGCAGAGAUUUCGAGAGAAUGUACACCAGAUCCGCUCGCGCUGGAUCCCCAGACAAGCAAUCGCGCCCAGUACUCUCUUCAAGCAAAUUCGGAUCGCGAUCUGUCGAUACUACCAGCUACUCUGGGGAGACAAACGAACCUUUUUGACACUGAUUAUCUUCAUUAUUCUGAACGCGGUGCUCAAUGGACCGGCUUACUACAUGGCCCCUAAGAAUGAAAUCUCAACGGUCAAGUCCCGCAACAUCCUUCCGAAGCAAGUUAAGUAUGGAUUCAUCCACCCGAGCGCGUUCGUUAUCGCACAGACCAUUGCAGAUAUCCCAAUCGCCUUCGUCCAGUGUCUUCUCUUUUCUUGCUUCUAUUACUUCACCAUCGAUCUUCAACGCACUGCUUCCGCCUUCUGGAUCUUUGUUUUGAUCGUUUUCACUCAUUACGCCACAAUUCAAAGUCUGUUCCGGAUGCUAGGAGCCUGGGUCCCAAACAUCUCCCUGACCCUGAUGAUGGCUGGCAGCGCAUGCCCUGUCGGCCUGCUGUAUUCCGGCUUUGGUCCGCCACGGCCCACCCAGCACCGGUGGGGUUCCUGGCUGCGUCGAGCGUCGCCGUCACCAUAUGCUUUCGAGGCGCUGAUGGGGAAUGAGUUUGCUGGCAUCACUCUGACCUGUUCGGAUAGCGAGAUGGUCCCCUCGGGGUCGCUUUAUACCCAGCUUGAAUAUCAAACGUGUAGCAUCACCGGCAGUCAGAAAGGCCAUCAGUCAGUGCCGGGCUCUGUCUACCUGGCGGAUCAUUUAGGCUACACACGCAGUCACCUGUGGCGCAACUUUGGGAUUAUCUUGGUAUUCUGGUUUCUCUAUACAGUCCUGGGAAGCAUCGGACUCACCCUUAUGACUCGUGAAACGGGAGGUUCUCACAGUCGCAGUUUCAAGCGCUCAAAGGGUCGUGAUGAAGAAAGCAAGCCCAAAACUGCCUUGGCCUCCUCGGCGUCAUUAUCCUCAACGCGUACUGCGUCCGCAGCUUCAGAGCAGGGGUCCACUGAGACCAACACCACCGGCGGAGCGGGGACAUUUACCUUUGAGGAUAUCAGCUAUUCCGUUCCGGUGGACGGACAAGAGAAGCAGUUGCUGCGCAGCGUCAGCGGGUAUGCUCGGCCACGACAGCUGACAGCUCUUAUGGGCGCCUCGGGCGCCGGAAAGACCACGCUGCUGGACACGCUCGCCCAGCGCAAGAGCACCGGAAGAAUCGAUGGAACUCUUCGUUUAGGUGGAGAACCCCUCGACCAGGCCUUUGCGCGCUCCUGUGGCUUCGUGAUGCAACAAGACGUGCACGAGCCCAAUGCCACCGUCCGGGAAGCAUUGGAGUUUUCGGCACGCCUGCGCCAACCCGCUCAUACCCCGGACGAGGAGAAAUUGGCAUACGUGGACUAUAUCAUCCACCUGCUGGAUCUCGAGGACAUCGCGGAAGCCCUAAUUGGCCAGCCGGGAGAUGGACAGCUCAAUUUCGAGGAGCGCAAGCGGGUGACCAUCGGAGUCGAGCUGGCAGCACGGCCCAGUGCACUUUUGUUCCUGGAUGAGCCUACGUCCGGCCUGGACAGUCAAGCUGCGUUUGCGUUGGUCGAGUUCCUUCGCCGGAUCGCCGCGGAGGGAAUUCCCGUGGUCUGCACUAUUCAUCAGCCUUCUGGAGUACUCUUCGAGAUGUUUGGCCAUGUCUUGCUUCUCGCUCCCGGGGGCCAGACGGUGUACUUUGGGGAAACGGGCGAGAAGUCGUCCCAGGUGGUCAAUUAUUUCGGCCAGUACGGCGCCGUCAUCGACAGUCAGGCCAAUCCGGCCGAAUUUAUUCUUUCCACCAUGACCUCCAGAGAGACAGGGUCUAAGGACUGGCCUGCCAUCUGGCGCGAGUCCGCUGAACGGAAAAGCUUGGACGCGACCAUCCAGCAGCUCAAUGCUCGCACCACGACGCCGACAGCGGCUAGGGGAGUCUCCAACACAGAGGGCCAGUACGCCCUUCCCCUCAGGGCCCAGAUCCUGGCCGUCACCCGACGCCACUGGCUCUCUGUCUGGCGCGAUGGAAUGUACAACUUUGGUAAAGUAGCCAAGUCACUCUUCGUGGGGAUCUUCAUCGCUUUCAGUUUCUUCCAUGCUGGGUCAUCGGAACAGGGCAUCCAGAACCACAUGAUCGCCGUCCUACUGUUUGCAUGGAUCAUCCCAACCACCUGUGCCGACCUGCAGGAUAUGUGGUUCCGCAAGUGGGCCAUCUUUAGCGCGCGAGAGAAGAACGGCAUCUACGACUGGAAGGCUCUGCUAACGGCUCUGGUGGCCGUUGAACUCCCCUGGCAACUCGGAACAUAUACACUGGUCUUCUUGGUCUCCUACUGGACCGUCGGCUUUCCCAACGUCACUGCCAUCUCGGGCUUCAACUACUUCAUGUGGCUGCUCCUUGCCAUCUUCGGGACUGGGUACUCUCAGCUUCUCGCAGCCCUAUUUCCCAACGAUACAAUGGGCGGCUACGCCAACUCGCUCUUCUGGGUUCUUCUCAUGAUCGGCUCUGGGGUUCUAACCCCACAUGCCUAUAUGAAUGACUUCUACCGCCCUUGGCUGUUCUGGGCCGACCCGAUGCGGUACUUCUUCGGGGCUACUGUCGGGACCGUUCUGCAUGACGUCCCCGUCGUCUGUCGCCCCAGUGAACUCGUCUCGUUUGACCCACCCCCGGGCCAGACAUGCGGCCAGUAUGCUAUGGCCUUCUUGGAGAGCAGUUUUGGCUACGUGGUGAAUGGCAAUGCGACAGCCAAUUGUGAAUACUGUGCGUACUCCGUCGGGGAUGAGUAUCUAGACACACUGGAUUUCUCUUAUGGUCAGCGGUGGUGGAAUUGGGCUGUUUUCUUGGGAUUCUGUUGCACUAAUGUAAUGUUGUUGUUUGGCAUCAUGUGGUUCACUAAGGGGAGGGGACAACGGCGUGUUUGA